AUGGGAACACAAACGGUUUCCUCGAUCUUGGUGCCGGGAUCAACCUCGCCGACAAGGUCAGUCGAGAGACUCAAAUUCCCCCCUCAUUGGAAGCUGAUGAAAAAUUCGCAGGCCUGUACUUUUGUGCGAUUUCUAUGUGAGCAAGCUGGCGUUGAAUUUGUCUUAGGAGAUCCUCAGAGUAAGGUUCAGAGCUUGGUCAUCGAAGGAGCCGGCCCAAGCAAGAGAGUUACCGGUGUCAAGAUGUGCGAUGGCCGAAGCCACUCUGGGGAUAUUGUGAUCAUCGUCCUUCGUGGCCCCUGGACCGCAUCCAUCAUCCCUGAGGCGCACCGGACCGUGGAGGCCACUGCAGGAACUGUUAUGUUCAUGGACAUUCCCAAGGCGAGGAAAGACAUAUGGGAAAAGUUCAGCCCUCAAAACUUCCCCGUCUGGUCCUACAGGAGGGGAGAGGGUGAGUAUUAUCAAGGAGGCGGUUUCCCUAUUACAAAAGAAGGCCGAUUGAAAUUUGGUUUUCUCGGACGCAAGAUAGCAGAUUAUGCUGGUAUACAGACACCGUCGGGGAUGACGACUUCGUCAUUGACUAUGAUCCUGGCUAUUAAGACUCUCUUUUUGUCUGCUGGCGACGGCCACGGCUUCAAAUUCUUGCUAAACCUUGGUAAGUACGUCAAAAACCAACUAGAACGCGUUCCCGACCAGUUCACGCAACUGUGGAAGUGGCGUGCUGUUGGAGAAGGUAAAGAAAGUAAUGGGAUCGGGCAAGGAGAGAACGGUCCGAGGGAGAUGUCCAAAUUUCAGAUGGCAGAUCCUAAAGACUUCAAGUUCCAAAAGGCGAGAUCUUCCAUAAUCUUUCUUAGCACGUACAUGUUUGCGGCUAAUACCUCUCAAAGAAGUCGCAGCACCGACUCUGAAUAA